AUGUCCCAGCUCGGUGGUCUGCUGUACCAAGAGAAAUACACCCAUCACAAUCCUGACGCCGUUACAUACCUAAAGAACCACUGGUUCACGGGUUCAUUCUGCCAGGGCGUCUCUGUGAGAUACCCUUCCACCAACAAUGGUGUUGAACCGGCCAUUGGAAAAGCCGGAGGUUUGGACUGA